UACGUCAGCGUCCCAGUACUGUGUUUAAAGGGACAGUUAAUGUUUUUUAAUUGUGUCACAUAGUGUUAAAGUUGAAUAGAAUAGAGAGUAUUAUCAACAAAAAAAAAUGCCCAUUCGCCGUCUCGAAUAAUUAAGACAGUAUGUUUGUAAUACGAAGAACAUUACUUUAAUUGCAUUAGCCUUAGCCUACACAGUUCCGCUCCUGAAGGAGUGUAACAGUCAUAACAGUCCCCCGCCACCCACCCAGUAUACUGGACGAAAGCUUUAUCCAGCACUACAGGUGAAGUUACUGUUGUUACUUUUCGAUCAAAGAUAGUUUGCUAUAUCUUAGCCUGUCUUAUAUUGAUUACUUUAAUGUAGGGAUUUAAACAUUUGGACAAACCACCCGGAAACAUUAAAUGCGACACAGGGGAUUAAUGGCUGCAGUCAAUGUACGGAUCCCUUCUCAUUGUUUACAUUUCGAAACGGUAUGUUCCCUGUGUUUUCGAGGCUGUCAUUGAAAACAGACUCAACACAAGCCCGUAGUUACUAAAAACACCUCCAACUUAGUGUGAAGGGAAUCUCCUUGAAACAGUACCACACCGACAAGCGGCAAACUAGCCCUGUGUGCUAACUAUCCCAGCUCCAUCUUUACUGUAUCGCUCGCUGGUCCAGAGAUGGCAAGUUAGUCUUGAUCUUACGUUUGGCUUUCCUCCUGCUUGGACCUGAAGGACAACCAAAUGACUGAGGUAUAGCCCAAGGUGAGCCUUAAGGCCAGACAUAAGCUUCGUUCCAGGAAGAUCGCAGGGUGCACAAUGUUUAGUGUACCUCAAAGCUCCAAGUCCGAGUUCCUGGACAAAGCCAGGCAGGCCAGGGAGGAAAGGAAAGGAGUGAAAGAGAAGGAGAGAGCAGCAAUCAUCAUCCAAGCUCUCGUCAGGAGAUUUCUCUGUCGUUGCAGACUCAUGAAGCAGCUAAGACAAGAGGUAGAUGACUACUUUCAAGCUUCUGAAGCUGGGGCAACAAAAAGAAAUGCACUAUCAAUUUUCAAAAUUGCCAGGAAAUUACUCUUCAUAUAUUCUCCAGAGGAUAAGAUGAGGUUUGAGAAGCUCUGUCGUGCAAUACUUGCCAGCAUGGAGGUCGACAAUGAACCUAAAGUUUGGUAUGUUUCCUUGGCGCUCUCCAAAGACCUCACCAUUCCUUGGCUUAAACAGAUAAAAGAUGUGCUGUGGACCUGCUGUCAGAGAAUUAAAACUUUGAAGCCGGACAUACUCCAGGAUAAAAUGAUAACGCUGUACCUCACCAUGCUGGUGACCUUCACAGACACUUCAUCCUGGCGAAUAGUCAGAGGGAAGGGAGAAGCCCUCAGACCUGCUUUGACAAGGAUUUGUGAAAAUAUAAUGGGCCAUCUCAAUCAAAAGGGAUUCUAUGCAGUACUCGAGAUUUUGCUGACCAACGGAUUGGCUCGUACUAAACCAUCUUUCUCCAAAGGAACUCUGACAGCUAUAUUUACUUUGUCAUUAAGGCCGGUUAUUGCUGCUCACUUCUCCGACAACCUGCUAAGAUCAUUCCUCAUCCACAUCAUGUCAGUUCCAGCUGUUGUAUCCCACCUUAAUGUGCUCACCCCAGAGUGCAUGGCGUCCAUGCAUACACACGACAUGCUGCGGAAGUUUAUUCUGUUUCUCAGCAGAGAAGAGCAGUGUCUGGACAUCUGUGUGUGUCUCGAGGGGAGCCACACGCUCUGCCUGCUUGGUAACCUGAUUCACCUGGGCUUUCUGAGUGAGAAAGUCCUGGAAGAAGAAGCAAACCAUUUUGUGAAGGACCUGACUGACAUGUUGUCUUACUGCCAGAGAUAUGUGUCCCAAAAGAAGUCUAACCUCACUCACUGGCACCCUGUCUUAGGCUGGUUCUCCCAAACUGUAGACUAUGGGCUGAAUGAAUCAAUGCCGCUGGUCACUAAACAGCUACAGUACUUGUGGGGUGUUUCUGUCAUUCGGACACUCUUCAGUGACGUCCUCUCUAAAAAGCUUGAGAGUCAGGAGCCCACACCCCCACCCUCUAGUACAUCACAGAACAAUCUACCAGUUAAAAACCUCUUUAAGCGAGCGUUUCAAAAGUCAGCUUCUGUAAGAAACAUCCUGAAACCAGUCGGAGGGAAACGAGUGGACUCAGCGGAAGUUCAGAAAGUUUGCAGUAUUUGUGUGCUCUACCAGACAGCUCUGUCCACACUAACCCAAAUACGACUGCAGAUUCUCACUGGUCUGACACAUCUUGAUGACCUUCUGCCCAAACUUUGGGCCUUCAUCUGUGAACUCGGCCCUCAGGGAGGCCUCAAACUCUUCAUGGAGUGUCUGAACAAUGACACUGAAGAGUCCAAGCAGCUCCUGGCUAUGCUCAUGCUCUUCUGCGACUGCUCACGCCACCUGAUCACAAUUCUGGAUGAUAUUGAAGUCUAUGAAGAACAAACAUCUUUCAAGAUAGAAGAGCUCAUCACCAUUUCAUCAUUUCUGAACACAUUUGUGUUCAAGAUGGUCUGGGACGGCAUCUUAGAAAAUGCAAAGGGAGAGAAGCUGGAGUUGUUCCACAGUGUUCAUGGCUGGUUGAUGGUGCUUUACGAGCGGGACUGCAGGCGACGAUUUACCCCUGAUGAACACUGGCUGCGCAAGGACCUAAAGCCCAGCCUGUUGUUCCAAGAGCUGGAGAAAGGCAAGAGGAGAGCCCAGCUUUUACUGCAGUACAUUCCACAUGUCAUUCCACACAAAAAUAGAGUGCUGCUUUUCAGGAACAUUGUCACAAAGGAAAAAGAAAGUUUAGGAUUGAUAGAAACGAGCUCUGCUUCACCACAUGUCACACAUAUUACCAUUCGUCGCUCACGGAUGUUAGAGGAUGGGUAUGACCAACUUCGCAGAUUACCAGUGAAUUCAAUAAAGGGUGUCAUUCGUGUGAAGUUCGUCAAUGAUCUGGGGGUGGACGAGGCUGGUAUUGAUCAGGACGGUGUGUUCAAAGAGUUUUUGGAAGAAAUCAUUAAAAAAGUGUUCAAUCCCGCUCUCAACCUGUUCAAGACUACAAGUGGAAAUGAGAGGUUGUAUCCUUCACCUACAUCGUACAUCCAUGAGAACCAUUUACAGCUCUUUGAGUUCGUGGGGAAGAUGCUCGGGAAAGCUGUCUAUGAGGGCAUUGUUGUGGAUGUCCCUUUCGCCUCCUUCUUCCUCAGUCAAGUCUUGGGUCAUCAUCACAGCACUUUCUACAGCUCCAUCGAUGAGCUGCCCUCACUGGACUCUGAGUUUUAUAAGAAUCUCACUUCAAUAAAGCGCUACGAUGGAGAUGUUGGGGAUCUGGGGCUGACGUUGUCCUAUGACGAGGAUGUUAUGGGGCAGUAGGAAUGGAAAAAGAUUCAACCACAUAAGUUGAUACCAGGAGAAACAAUGCCAGUCACCAAUGAAAACAGUAUGAUCAGUUACAUCCACCUCAUGGCUCACUUCCGAAUGCACACGCAGAUUAAGGAGCAGACUGCUGCUUUCAUUCGAGGCUUUCGCAGCAUCAUUAACCCGUGGCUGCACAUGUUUUCCACACCUGAGGUUCAGCGCCUCGUCUCUGGAGACAACGCCGAGAUAGAUCUAGACGACCUCAAGAAACACACUGUCUAUUAUGGAGGUUUUCACAGCAGCCAUCGUGUCAUCAUCUGGCUGUGGGACAUCCUGUCAAGUGACUUCACAGCUGAAGAGAGGGCUAUGUUCCUUAAAUUUGUCAACUGCUCAAGGCCACCUCUUCUAGGUUUUGCCUACCUCAAACCACCUUUCUCCAUUCGCUGUGUGGAGGUUUCAGAUGAUCAGGACACUGGAGAUACCCUUGGUAGUGUCCAGGGCUUUUUCACCAUCCGCAAGAAGGAGCCAGGUGGUCGACUUCCCACUUCAUCAACGUGCUUCAACCUGCUCAAGCUGCCCAACUACAGCAAGAAGAGCAUCUUACGGGACAAGCUGCGCUACGCUAUUUAUAUGAACACUGGAUUUGAGCUCUCAUAACUCGGUCCUCAACUGGACAAUCUUCACAACAGGAGGGUUGUGUUCAGCGGCCUGAAUCAUACCAGAAGCUCGUCUUACAGUCUUAUUGGACCGGAGCUUGUGGAGUCAAAGGGCAUCUCUUGAACAAAAGGGGAGCCACGAAGGAUCUAUAAACUCUCCUUUUGUCUCUUUCAAAACUGGAUAAGAUCCACUCUCUCUCAGAGGGAUGCUGUUUCUGCAGCACAAUCCAAUUUAAGCAUCUCCCUUUCCCACUCUGAAAACUCAAUAUGUUGUGUGUUUAAAUUGAUGAAAUACAGACGUACAGUGGCUAGAUCUCUGUUUCUCAGGCUUAACAGAAUCACUCUUGGAUCUAUCACGCCCACUUAAAGCGAACUGGAAAGCAAUACAGAUGCAAUGCAAGCCAUUAGACACGUGGUCGACUCACUCGAGUGAAACCAAGCGAUGCUUUGAUAAUAUACUUACAAGCUUGGACUCCAUUAUCCAAGCAGAUUUUAGCUGAUAUUGGAUGAGUCUUAAAAUGUUUUGCUGAACAUAAUGCAUCUUUUAUAAAUGGAAGCAAAUCAAUGUCUUGUGUUCAACCUCCAUGAAAGAGACUGACUCAUAA